GCCUCAGGUAUCAACCGCAAACACACCGCUCAGGACGACACAAUGAACAGACGUGUUUAAUUAAACAGAUACGCCAUAUUUUUUCAUCUUAUUAUUUAAUUUGUUCUGUCAUUCGGGGAGUUUUGUUUCCCAGUUUUUAAACGCAGCCAGAGGUCUGGGUUGUUGUUUUCUUUUUAGCAUCAUGCGGAGAUUAGCAGCCGCGAUCCUCUUGCUGUCGCUUCUGAAAGUGUCGGUGUGUAUUCAGGUGAUUGUUCCUCAGCAGGAGCGCAGCACGGCUCUGUUUGCCUCCAUUACCCUCCGCUGUGACUACUCUACCUCUGCAAACUUGCAAGAUGUUCUGGUCACCUGGAGGUUCAAGACCUUCUGCAAGGACCCAGUGCUGGAGUACUACUCCACAGCAUACCAGUCUGCACUACAGCUGGGCCAGGACCCAGCCAAUGACUGUCCAGACCGCCAGCGGACAGUCCGCACUGUGAUCCAGAAGAGAGGAAGCAACGAGCCGACGCUGGGAUCGGAGUACCGUGAACGCAGGAUCACGAUCCAGAACAAGGCAGACCUGGUGAUCACUGAGGUGAUGUGGUGGGACAAUGGGGUGUAUUACUGCACCGUCGAUGCUGCUGGAGACACGUCUGGAGACUCCGACAAAGAAAUCAAACUCAUCGUUUACCACUGGUUAACAGUGUUGUUUAUCGUCCUCGGAGCCCUGCUUCUGAUCCUGCUCUUCUGUAUCUGCUGCUGCCAGUGCUGCCCUCAGAGAUGCUGCUGUUACGUCCGCUGUCCCUGCUGCCCACAGCAAUGCUGCUGUCCUGAAAAAGCGGUGAUGCAGCAUCGUAUGAUGAAGGAGGCUCAGAGAGCCAUGGUUCCCUGGAUGGGAGGACAGCCCGUAUACGGACCCAUGAGCCACGCCUCCUCCCAGAUGAACCCGCUGCUCUACUCGGGAUCAGUUUCAGGGAAGAACAUUGCUAUGCAGCCCAUGCCCCUCCCUCCUCCUCAGUCCUCAGCUUACAGCAUGCCCCCUCCCAGUGUCCAUGGCCCCCAACCCCCUGCCAACAACAACCAGAUGCUAAAUUACAUAGAGAGCCAGGUGAGAGGGAUGGACAUGAACACUCCUCUGCUACAGUCCCCACCUCCCCCUCCCCAGCACAUGCAGCAGAUGCCACCUCCUCCACAGCACCUGCAGCAGAUGCCACCUCCUCCCCAGAACAUGCACAUGACCGUCCCAUUUUCCCCCGGCCCUUCUAGCAUGAUCUCUGGCCUUGAUGAUGGCCCAAUGGAGCGCCGCGUCAUCACACUUCCACCUCUCAGAGAGCAGCAGCCGGUCAGAAUCCCUCCUCCCGCACCCAAGACUCGGCCCCCGAGCUCCAGCGAGAGCAGCCGCAGCGGCUUCGGCCGACGUGACGAUCGCGGCGCAGCGGGAAGGCGAUACCCCUCACCCACCCGCUCUAGAGGAAUUCCCCGGAGCUACAGCCAGGACUCACUAGACGGGCGGGGGCCACGAGGAGGCAUGGAUCGCCCCCGCUCCCGCUCCAGGGAUGAUCUGUUCGACAGCAGGUCCAGAGGAAACUACUCCAGAGGAGGAUCCUGGAGCUCGGACGAUGAGGACAGCAGCAGGAGAGGAGGUGGAGGAGGAGGAGCGAGGAGAGGAGGUGGAGGCUGGGUUGAGAAACCUCCCAGCUACACCGAGUACGAACCUGGACAGAAACCAGGAGUACGGAGGAAUGACCGCUACACUGACAAGAGUUCUCGCAGUGGCACCAGCGUCGUCAUCUGAGCCCUCCAGCUGUAAAACGCCCUGCGACCUCUGUUUCAGAGAACGCACACCUCACUAGAACUGGGAGCCUUGUUGUCUGGCUGCUGGUAAAACUUUACAUGACAACAUUUUUAUACCUUAAAAUGAAGCAUGAAUCAGCCCUUUGUCACAUUUGUUGAUGAGUGAAAAAAUGGCAGAAGGAUUCAUAAAAUGUGAGAUUUAAAGAUUCAGAAAUGUUGUAAAGGAAAUGUGUGAAGUCAAUGAGGAAACCUAUUAUAUUUGGUAGCUUACAAAUGGCUUUUGUUUUAGAUUUUCUGAGAAAAGUCUUCAGAACAGAUUUUGGGAUAAUAUCUCCCUCUGUUGGAUCAUCAGUGUAAUAGAAAUCCAAUGAGGCGAUUUGGAAUAAAUGCCCUCUGUUAGUUUUUUUUACUAUAUGUGACUUUAAUGGAUGUUUCUUCUCUUAAAGCUCUAUUUGUUUGGCAGAAACGCAACUAAUCCUAAUAUUAAGUAAAGCCAUAAACCACCAAGAGCAGAAGAAGUGACUCUCAGGGCCAGUAAAUAUAUGAUUCACAACUGUUAUAUCAGAACUAUUUAAAGACACAUAAAUAUGAAUUGACUCUUGUGAGUGUUGGAAUCAGUUUUAAACGUUUUAGCAUUUUUAUAAAUAGUUGAUUUUCAAAUCUCCUGGAUGUCUUGAAGACUGCAGUGCAUUUGAUUUUAGCAUUUUUUAUGUUUUGAAGGAAAAGGUGUGUGCCAUAAGCCUCUGUUAAAUAAUGAUAAAGUGGUUUUUAAGCCUUUUUGUACAUAAAAUGAAGUAUUUACAUUCAUUUACAGUAUGUAAAUAGGUUAUUUACAUGGUGUUUAUGGUUUGUGUUUCCCAUUUAUAUUAGGGGUUUUCACAUAAUAUGUAAAUGUUGUACUUUUUUCAUGUGUACAGUUCUGGAAACUUUCCUUUUUCUUUUUUUACUGCUUUUGCAUGUACUAUGAUAUAUUUCAGAAAUACACAACACUUUUCUGACUCUACUCUUGAUAUUUUUAAAGGAUUUUUAUUUUCUCUUUUUUUUAUAGCUCUACUGUACAGGCAGGUUGUGUUUAUUAAUAAUAUUGAAAAAUAAACCAUGUACCUCUUGGAUAUCACAAUAAA